CGGGCCGCGCGGUCUGGCCAGGCCUCUCCCGCCCAGGUGACUCCCGGAAGGGCCCAGAAGGACUGGGCUUGGGGAGCUUCGGCAUCUUUCCACUGGGGGCCACACCAGGGUGCGAUGGAUGGUUAUUCGCCUCCGUCUUUAAACUUCAGCUGAGGCAGGAAACACUCAGCUGUCACCGAGCUUCCGCAAUUUACUGAUGGACGGAUAUUGUACAGAUUUAGCUUCCAGACAGCACGACCCCUUUUCUACAGCGGCCGCUCCUUGCUGAUCAACACAUGGCCAUAGUGUAUACAACUGGCCCAGCGCAAGCUAGUGCUUCAGCGUCCAGGUGAUCUUAUUCUGCACUCCACCUGGAGGUCAGAGACAGCCCUGCUUCUAAGGACCAGACGUUGUGACAGCACAGGCCAGGGACUCCUACACACAGCGUUUUCAGUGCCUGCCUGGUGCAGCGCAAGAGAAACGCUGCACAUUCAGAGCCGGGGUCGGGGCACGACCUCUCGAAAUAGCCCAGCCCCAACCAACUGAAAACAAAGCCAGAUCACGCCGCUACGAGGUGGACAUGGGGAGGCACGUGCUGCCUCCCUCGCGGAGCCGGCUCCCGGUGUGCCCCGCGGCAAGCGGCGCAGCGGACUGACAGCACGACAGGGGCGGUGCCGCAGCCGUAAAGCAGCGUCCCAGAUCACGUAGAUCGGCGCCCUUGCGGCUUUUCCGGCGCGGGUUAUGGGCGGCCCGGUGCAGGGCGGUGGGCCCCGGGCCCUGGACCUGCUGCGAGCCCUGCCCAGAGUGAGUCUGGCCAACCUGAAGCCGAAUCCGGGCUCCAGGAAACCGGAAAGACGACCAAGAGGUCGGAGAAGAGGCAGAAAAUGUGGCAGAGGCCACAAGGGAGAACGGCAGAGAGGAACCCGGCCCCGAUUGGGCUUUGAGGGAGGCCAGACUCCAUUCUACCUUCGAAUCCCAAAAUAUGGCUUUAAUGAAGGACAUAGCUUCCGACACCAGUAUCAGCCUUUGAGUCUCAAUAGACUGCAGUAUCUUAUUGACUUGGGUCGAGUUGAUCCUACACAACCUAUUGACUUAACCCAGCUUGUCAAUGGCAGGGGUGUGACCAUCCAGCCAUCUAAGAGGGAUUAUGGUGUCCAGCUGGUAGAGGAGGGUGCCGACACCUUUAAGGCGAAAGUCAAUAUUGAAGUACAGAUGGCUUCAGAGCUGGCCAUCGCUGCAAUCGAGAAGAAUGGGGGUGUUGUCACAACGGCCUUCUACGACCCGAGAAGCUUGGAAAUUCUGUGCAAACCUGUUCCGUUCUUUCUCCGGGGACAACCCAUCCCGAAGCGCAUGCUCCCCCCCGAGGCGCUGGUACCGUACUACACUGAUGCAAAGAACCGCGGGUACCUGGCGGAUCCUGCCCGAUUUCCUGAAGCAAGGCUUGAGCUCGCCAGGAAGUACGGUUAUGUUUUGCCUGAUAUCACUAAAGACGAACUCUUCAAAAUGCUCCGUACUCGAAAGGAUCCAAGGCAGAUUUUCUUUGGUCUUGCUCCCGGAUGGGUGGUGAAUAUGGCAGAUAAGAAAAUUCUAAAACCUACAGAUGAGAAUCUCCUCAAGUACUACAGCUCGUGAGCUCCUUCCAAGAGAGAUUGUCAGAGCACUGGGGAGUGGCCGGAACACACGUCUUUCCCGUGGCAUGUGCUUAACUGUAAUUCUGCAGAGGUUGGUGUGUUUGGUAUAAUCCUGUCUCUCUCUUUUUUUAACCUAAAUUAAAAUAAAUGUACGGUACUCGA